GUGUCAGAAAGAUGCAGCCAGAGUUGUGUCCCUUGCUCAUGAUAUCAACAAGAACCUCACUAACAAGGUGGAGCCAGUGGAUGAGGACCUGGUGCGAAUGUUGUCAUUCACAGCCCGCGGAUGCUUUGCUCCUCUGUGUGCAGCUAUCGGGGGAUUUGUGGCUCAGGAGGGGCUCAAGGCACUCACGGGAAAGUUCACUCCCCUCAAUCAGUGGCUAUAUUUAGAUGCUGUUGAUGUUGUCAAUAAGACAGACGCCAUCAACCCAGCCCAGUUCCAGCCAAGAGGUGAUCGGUAUGAUGCUCUGAGAAUCUGUAUAGGGGAGAGCAAAUGCUGUCAGCUAGCCAACAUGAGAUUGUUUAUGGUAAGCUU